CGCAGUUUUCCGAGACCUUCUGAAUGUAGGCACGCAGUAGUGAAGUUCAAAAUGAUCGCAAAUAGAAAUAUCGACACUCAGUAAAUUGAUCUGAUUUUAUUAAUUUAAGAGCAACGUUGAGCAAUUCCAAUUUACCAGACGAGCAAAUGGAGGCUGAACACGAGCUGCAACGUGCCGCUGACGUUACCCCGAAUGCUAAUGAGCGAAAAAUCCGCGACUCCGACACCGACUCAACGUCAACAUUCUCUGCCUCUGCUCCACCUGCCCCCAGGAUGGCUACAGUUGACAGCACGAAAGAAGAAAUCCAAACUAGAGACAAGAAGCGCACUGGACGAGAGAAGAAGGAGAAGAAAAACAAAAAAGCGGUCGAGGAUGUUCUGUGCGUUCCCGUUUCAAUCAACGAUGCCACCUGCCCGCUCUGCUUCGAGAUCAUAGCGGGGCCUGUGUACGAGGCGACUUGUUGCGGAAAAUUGGCCUGCGAGGGCUGCGCGAUCGAUUGCGUUUCAACGCGUAGAAGCAGCUGCUUCAAUUGCCGCCAGAGUGCACCAGAUGAUAACGUGAACAUCUUCGGUGGCGGUACCGGUAGUACUGGCAAAGAGGACGAGAAGUCUAGUGCUGAUUCGUGUUUUACCUUCCGCCAAAACGAGUUCGCGACCCGGAUGUUUCGGCAAGGGAAAGUAAAAUGCAAAAAAUGCAGGAAGAAGGUAACUCUGAUCGUUUCGUUACGUCUUAGAAAUGACGAUCAUCAAGAAACUAGGCGGCCUUUAAUUCAGGAGCGACUGAUCAUGUUUUUUAUCUUUUGGCGGCGAAAAAUGAAAAUCGUUGGCCAAAAAUUCAAAUUUGUCAUGGUGAAGGUACCUCUGAAAGACUUCCAGCAGCACUCAAAACCGAAAGAACACUACUGGUACUGGGACGGGCUUCAUCGGAAAAAUUACGUCUGCCCGCACGCAAACUUGCAGUGCCCCUACAACUGUGGAUUUACCGGUGAGCUUGACGACCUGAAGAUGCAUAUUGCGAAGGAUUGCCCAAUGGUAGUUAUAAUGCUUGAGCGCGAUCGCUUUCGCUGAUGAUCUUCCAUCGUGCUGGCUUUCGUCAGUACUCAUAGCGAGAAAUAUGGAGAUACACGAUGCAAAAACUGGGCAGAUGUACUAGGUGUAGGAGCGCAGUCUCGACAUUAAGUACCAUUUUGACCAUGCAUGAUGUUUGUUGACUUUGAAAACAUACUAUACAUCAACAGGGCUUUCGUACUCACGACAAGAAGGCUUUAGAAAUGUGUGGUGGCGGAGCAGGCCUUGCGCGUUCUGUUAAGAUUAUCUGCAAUUUGCUUACCGUCGGGCCCGGGAUGAGUCCUAUCGAUCCGCUCGAUUUCCUUCUGGCUCUGAAUCACGCCGGCGUCCGAUUGACUAGCAGUAUUUUUUCCAAGUUGGUUUUGCGGCCGCCGGAUAAAAGCUGUAUUUAUUACCAGAGGUAUGGGGAGCAUUACCAGAGCGCGUACGUGGACCUCGAGCAAGAGCAUCGGCUGAGUGGAACAACCGCAGACCCGCAGAGCACGCCGGUCCUGGUUGGUUCUUCGUCCUGGAUGGCGGACAAGUGCCCGGAAAUGUUCCAGCUGCGUUCCUACCUUGCAGAGGAAAAGUACUCGGCGGGCAUUCUUGCCUUGCGUGACGGAGGAGACACGCACGCCCCACCACGUCGGCGCGACAUGUAUCGUUCUGUGUUGCAAUCGCUCGUCGUUGACUCGUACAACCUGAGCGACCCCGAUGAUCGGCCAGACCCAUCGACGCUCCAGCCCGUCAAACAAACCAUACGCCUCCCCAUCCCGCCUAAUAAACCUUCCACGCCGGCUGGGAACAACUCUGAAUAUAAUGAGCAUCAAUUUCAAUCCCUGAACGUCAACAACGUCGUCUUCAAAGAGAUCCAGACUUGGCAGAUAGUGUCGCUGCCGCGAAAUGUAGAAGUUAAUCCGUCUGGUGGAGGUGCUGCAACUGGAACUGCCACUGCGACUGCGUCUCGUCCCAUGUCUCCUUCUUUGCUGCAACUGCCAGAGGCCGACGACCCGGCUGAGGACCAGGCGCGCAUCUCGUCCGACGCCACAUCACAAGCGACAUUCACUUCAGCAGAUCAACAUCAUGAAGGCUACUACACACCUUCUGCUCCGCGAUCGCGUAGCCGAAGCCCACGUCGCGAUCGCGCAGCCGAAGCCCGCGCAGCCGAAGAACAAGGAGCCGGCUGCUAG